AACGUACCUAUUCUUGACCGCGAGCUCUUCUCGUCUCUUUCUGUGGGUGAGGGAAUCCCUUACACGUCAUAUUGCUUAGAUACCGAAAACAAAAACAGUGCUUUUAGACCAUAUAUGGGCAUCUACGUCAGCGGAACACCAGUAAGAGGAGGAGCCAGGACUCCCUACUUUACAAUGCGUUCUCAGGCUUCAUUCACAAGAGCGCUUCGCUGCUGCCGAAACACCGCACACUUUCUACUCCCGUUUGUAAUAAACACAUGCCGGAUUAUUUUAUGGAUUUAUAAAUGCACAUUUCACGGAUUGUACCAAGACCUGGGAAGUGUUAUCCAAGGAGAGAUUGGAAUUUAGAGGUUUCCUCCAGCAGGGAACUGGAUUGAUGUCUUAAUGCAACUAUUUUGGAAAGAGACCAAGGGCAUCUUCACGAAGACUCCAAAUAAAACUGGUUACGGUGACUACCCGUUCUCGCCGGGCACACUAGGUGUUUCGGCUUCUUUCGGCUCCACCGGGGAGAUGUAUCAGGGGUUCCCCGGAGACCCCGACACCGGCUCCCGUGGAAGCUCAUCUCCUUCUCUUGAAUCUCAGUACCUGUCUUCCGUGGAAUCCUUCGGGAGUCCGCCCACCACCAGCGCACCGCAAGAGUGUGUAUCAGCCACUGGCGGGGUAGCGGUGGGUGGAGGGUCGACCGGCACCGGCACCGGGACAGGGGUGGACAUGCCCAGCUCAUUUGUACCCACAGUGACGGCCAUCACCACCAGCCAGGAUCUGCAGUGGAUGGUGCAGCCCACUCUCAUCUCCUCCGUGGCCCCGGGGCAAAGCGGCUCGGGCUCCAGCACCAUGACACAGCCUGUCGCCCUGGACCCUUACGACCUGCCAGGCCCGAGCUUUUCAUCCCCGGGAAGCUUCACCCCACCAAGUUCGGAUACUCCAGGCCCGGUGCGACAGUCUCGGAGCCGCCGUCGUGCGCGGGAUGAAGCGCUGACCCCUGAGGAGGAGGAGAAAAGACGUGUGAGACGAGAGAGAAAUAAACAGGCCGCCGCUAAGUGUAGGAACCGGCGGCGUGAGCUCACAGACAGGUUACAGUCGGAGACAGACAUUUUGGAGGAGGAGAAGGCCGAGCUAGAGGCGGAAAUAUCCGAGCUGCAGAAGGAGAAGGAGCGUCUGGAGUUCGUCCUGGUCGCACACCAACCCGGUUGCAAAAUGCCCUAUCAGGACCAGCCCCCCGCUCCGCUGCCGCAGACAUCCCCACAGGGGCCUUCUGUCUCCGUGGUGGGUUUGACUGUGAAGGAGGACUCUUUCUACCUGCCGCCCGCCUACUCGUCCCACCACCACCACCACCACCAGCACCAGCACCAACAACAACACCACCACCAACAGCAACAACAACACAUCCCGGUUCCACAGCCCACGCAGACACAGCCGGCCCCAGCACAACAGCAGCCAGGGAUGAUGCAGGAGGUAGCCUUUUCUAGUUCUUUCUAUGGGCAGGGCCAGCCGGCGCCGGACGGUGGCGGUAACCCUGACGCCUGCAGCUACAUCCCUUCAUACACAUCUUCAUUUGUGUUCACCUACCCAGAGGGAGCCUGCGGGGCCAGCGCUAACCAGCGAACCAGCAGCAGCGAUCAGUCGUCUGAUUCCCUGAACUCACCCUCGCUUCUUGCACUCUGAGAGCUCUGCAUCUCUCUACCUCUGCUUGCCUAUCGACAACACCACAUAUGUGCAUUCACAUUCAAACGUCCGCCAUUACGCCUCUCAGACAUCGUAUUGAUCCUUUACAGUUAAGCCCUGCGAGGCCCAGAUGCGUUAGUGUCUGAGUGACUUCAUCAGAUAAUGUAAGUGUAUAUUAAUUCACAAUGAAUUCAGGCUUAAUAUCAAGAUGAGUCAGUAGCCCACACACACACUUAAUUUGUCAUAGACAUUUAAAUCCGUUUGACACAUAUCAAUGCAAGCACAUCUUUUAUCUUUUUCUCGCUCCAGCUUACAUUGGUGCACCAUCUCCGUCCUUCUCUCUCUUCACGCCUGAUGCCUGCUGUGUAUUU